GUGAAAGAGCAAGCUGCGGAAGAACAAAGACUCAGCCGCUCAAGCUCAAGCUCACACCAGAAAACAAUACAGAUAACAAAGCCAUACCCACUUCCCCUUUCACUUUGUUCGGCCAUGAUUGCACCAAUAGCAGUGGCCAUAACAGUGGGUCUUUUGGGGUGGGCUUAUCACGCAUUGAGGCCUCCGCCGCCAAAAAUAUGCGGAACACCACAUGGCCCCACUAUUUCUUCACCUAGGGUGAAACUCAGUGAUGGGAGGCACUUGGCCUACAGAGAGUUUGGAGUUCCAAAGGAAGUGGCUGAACACAAAAUCAUUGUGAUUCAUGGUUUUGGCAGCUCCAAGGAUGUGACUUUGCCCAUCCCUGAAGAACUUACUGUGGAGCUAAAGGUGUACUUCCUGUUUUUCGACAGAGCUGGUUACGGAGAGAGCGAUCCCUAUCCAUCGCGCUCGGUCAAGAGCGAAGCAUUUGAUAUUCAAGAGCUAGCUGACAAGUUGGAGCUUGGCUCUAAAUUUUACAUUAUUGGAAUCUCCAUGGGAGGUUAUCCUGUUUGGAGUUGCCUUAAAUACAUACCACACAGAUUAUCAGGAGCUGCCCUGGUAGUUUCUUUUGUGAACUACUGGUGGCCUUGUUUUCCUUAUAAUCUAGCCCGAGAAUCUCUGGCAAGGUUAGCACCGUCAGAUCAGUGGACGUUUCGGGUUGCGCAUUAUGCCCCUUGGCUACUCUAUUGGUGGAUGACUCAGAAAUGGUUCCCUUCAUUAAGUAUACUCUCUGGUGAUACAUCAAUUUUCACCCACAAAGAUUUGGAAAUAUUGAAGAGGUUAUCAGAGGCCCCAAGUGAUGGCCAGGAUAAGAUUCAGCAGCAAGGCGCUCAUGAGUCUCUCCACCGAGACUUGAUUGCCGGCUUUGGAAAGUGGGAGUUCGAUCCGCUUGGCGUGGGCAAUCUGUUCCCUAACAAUGAGGGCUCCGUUCACAUUUGGCAAGGGUAUGAAGAUAAGAUCAUUCCUGUAAAACUACACCGUUAUAUUGCGGAGAAGUUACCGUGGAUUCAAUAUCAUGAGGUUCCUGAUGCUGGGCAUUUGUUAAUCUUUGAGAACAAUAUGUGUGAAGCUGUUUUGAAGGCGCUUUUGGUUGGAUGAAAAAGCGCAUUUGUAUUUGCCUCACAGAUAAGCAUACUUGUAGUAGUUUUCUCAAUAGUUUAGAGAACCACGUAAAUGUAAAAGGAUAAUUACCAAACACAGAUGUAAUAUUAUCCAAAAUCAUCACAAAAAUUAUCUUUUGAAGUGACAAAUAAAAAAGAAUAUACAUU